AUGGUGCUUUCCGACGAAGAAAUUGCGAGGCUCUAUCGAAUCAGGAAGACGGUGAUGCAGAUGUUGAGAGACAGAGGUUACCUUGUUGGAGACUUCGAAAUCAACAUGUCCAAGCUUGAAUUCAAAUCUAAGUUCGGGGAACACAUGAAGCGCGAGGAUCUCGUCAUCAACAAGUCCAAGAAGGAUAACUCCAGCGACCAGAUAUACGUGUUCUUCCCCGAGGAGGCUAAGGUGGGCGUCAAAACGAUGAAGACCUACACCAAUCGUAUGAACUCCGAAAAUGUCUCCCGAGCCAUUCUGGUCACUCAGAGCAGCCUCACCCCCUUCGCUAAAACCUGCAUUAGUGAAAUCUCUUCCAAAUUUCAAUUGGAGGUUUUUCAGGAGGCAGAGCUGUUGGUGAACAUUAAAGAGCAUGAGCUUGUCCCUGAACAUCAGGUUCUCACUGAUCUGGAGAAGAAAACCUUGAUUGAGAGAUACACGGUGAAAGAAACCCAGCUGCCAAGGAUUCAGGUGACAGAUCCUGUUGCACGAUACUAUGGAUUGAAGCGUGGUCAGGUUGUGAAGAUUAUACGGCCAAGUGAAACUGCUGGCAGAUAUGUUACCUACAGAUUUGUUGUGUAA